AAGAAUCUAAUAAUCAACCACCACACCAUUUGCUUUACAAAUUUAAUUUAAAAAUUGAUCUCCCAGCAUUACCUUUAAAAUAUUAUUCCAAAAAAGGGGAUUUAAAAAAUAAAAAAUUCCUCACAAAAUUCAAAAAUCAGCGCCAAAUGUACGCCCAAACCGACUUGCCCAAACCAACCUGAAAAACCCAGAAGCUAACGGCUAUAAAACUAAUACGCGGAGUCUCUGUCUGUCUCACCCGCCCUUAUUUCUUCCUUCUUCUCCAGCGAUCUCAAAUCUCUCAUCUCUCUCUCUCUCUCUCGCUCAACGAUUUUCAAGUUUCAAAUUUUCAAACCUCUGGUCGUCUGAUCUCAAAUCUCUAAUCGAUCAAUGGAGUUUCAGCGUUCGUCGUUCUCGUUCCGAUCUUCCGACUACUGGGUCCAUGUGACGCUUCAGGGUUUCCAAUCUCCGGCGAACUCUAAGUCCCAAUUUGUCGGUGAGCUUUCUCUCCGUCAGGACCAAAUUUUUCAGAAACGCUUCCACGCCUUUAUUCUCGAUGAAUUUCCACUGGGUCCUGAUCGCUACGCUACCCUCCGUUUCGCUCCCCGCCAACUCCUACUCCCUGAGUUGCGCGCUCACUUACGAUCUCUCUCCUCUUCCCUCAACCUUGAUCCUGCCAUCUACCAAGCAUUAGCCCCCCGGAUCAAAUCCAUGGCCCGGAAAUUGGCAAACCCUAAUGGCUCCUUGGGCUUUGUUAUGGUGGCUACGGUUAAAAUCCUAACCAUUGAAUAUGUCGACCAACUGUUUGAUGAUAUGUCCGACUCAAUGGCUUUGCUUUCGAUUGGUAGUAGUGAUGGCGGUUCAACUUCGUCGUCAAUUUCAAUGGACUUUGUGGUUGAGAAAUUGGGGGCAGAGAGAUAUUUCGAAAGGGGUGACGGCGACCUAGGUUCUUGCAGUGUAUGUUUGGAGGAAUUGUCUGGUGGGACCGCGAGUGAGCUCAUUCGGAUGCCGUGCUCUCAUGUCUAUCACCCAUCUUGCAUCCUUCGCUGGUUCAACAUGGAUAAGAAGACGUGUCCCAACUGCCGAUAUAAACUCCAUGUGCGAUGAAUGACCCGAUUUUGAAGCUGCUUUGUCAAAUAAAAUUUUGUGAUUCUAGUUAUGAUUCAUUAAUUCUUUAGUAUUCUUUGAUUCUGUAUUUGUUAGGAUUGGUGUCGAUCUAUAUAACUUACUUUGUAAAUCCCUUUUACAAAGCGUAGUUGAAAUUGCAAUACUCGCAAUUUACGUACAUGGUUUUCAGUUACCAAUUAUUUUUUAUGAUGAGUGUCUGUAUGUCUAACAUCCUGUUUGGUUUAACUUUGUCUUUGUUGUUGUGUUCCUGGCGGAUAUCUUGUUCAUCCUGUUUUCUAAUUCCCUUUUCUUGAAUAAAGAUUUCUCUUCUUUUUCCCUUUGCUUUUAAUAAAAUGUUGGAGAAAAAGCAAUACACAUGAUUUGUUCUUUAUUAUGUGUCAUGGUCCGUUUGGCUUAGACUUUGCUUGAAAGCUACAAAAUUCUUGAUUUUAGUAGUUUGCAUAUUUCUGUUUCUGAUGAAUUAUUGUAUAUUACAACAUCUUAGUUCACUUGUGGCCGUCGUAGCAUGUGUUUAAGGGAGUACCAUUAGUUGACUUGUAGUUUAUCUUCUUAUCUAGCCGUGUAAAGAUAUAUUUUUGCUAUACAUGUUGGCCUAUUUACUUUGAAUUCUGAGCUGGAACUGGCAUUUCUUAAUCAAUUUCAAAUGGAAUGACUUCAUACUCA